CAGCCCUAGUAAAUGGCUAUAUUUUAAAAUGAUCAAAUUGCUCCACCCUUACAUCAGUUUUCAAUGCAGCAGUGUCAUUAGAUGUAGUUGGUUCCUAAAUGCAUUUACUUUCAGUUGCAUCUGCAAUUAUUAUUAUUAAAUCUUUGCUUGUUUUGCUUUUUUUUGUGUGUGGUUUGUGUUUUUUUAUUUUUUUGAGAGUCAGAAAUUAGACCGGCACAUUGCUAUCUUGCACAUUUCUGUUUUGUGCUUUGUCAUUUCCACUGUUACCAUGAAUUCUGUGUCAGCAGUGUUUAUUUUAUCUUUAUUAAUAGGUGUUAUGGCUCCCCACCCAGGGCAACCUUGCGCCAUGUGGUGGCACUGACACGCCAAAAAAAAAAAAAGAAUAAAUUAUAUGUGUAUGUAUGACAUAUCUAUGGUACUAAUUAAAUAUAGAAGACAUCUGUAACGUCUUCUAUAUUCUUUGACAAGAGCCUGUGGAGGUGAUCUUAUAUAUGUCGUUUGUCCCCUUCCAGAUAAUCUAGUUCCAAUGGACUAUUUUUGAUUUGUUUGCUUUGUGAGGGUCAGGGUCAGAUUGUGUGAUUGUUUGAGAUUACAGACCACUAGAUUACAGAAGAAACUGCAUUCUCAGCGAUAGACUGCAACACGAAACAGACAUUCUCAUGACAGCAGUGAAAUAAAAUUCACUGCCGGCAUUCAUAUCCUAAAACAUGCCUAAAUCAUUUAGUCAUUUCCGAGGGUAAGUUUUGCAAAGAAUUCAUUUGAUGAGCAUAUUCCAUGCACAAUGCUGCAAGGGUCUGGAAGGUUAUAGAAAGUAAUGCACAAGUCUAAUUAUAUGCGACUGAAGAAGCUUAAAAAGUCCAGACCUAUAGCCUUGCACUUGAUGAAUAUCACCACGCUACCUUUUUCUGUAAAUGAGCAACAACCAGUUGUAGAGCGUCUCCGCAGUCAACGGAGAUUCCCCUCGUAUUUUCGUAGUGUAAUAAUUUGUAAUACUGCAGAAAAAUGACUAAGAAUUAAGAAGUUGUUCUUCUUAUUAAAUCUGGUUCUGUUUUUCCUUUUUUUUUUUUUUUACACAAAAAAUAGUACUUCCUCUGGAGUUUUUCCCCAUUCCUGAACACAAGCUUUCUAAUUAUAGAGGUGGCUAACGGACCAGUAUAGUGACACUUAUUACAGAUUGCAGGUCUUCUAUUUUAAACCCUAUGCUAUUAAGCAGAUGCAAAUACAGUGCGUUAAAGCCGACAGAACAUGUACAAGCUGCGAGCUCUUAAGAAAACAGUGCUAUGGUUAUUCUGGUUAAUGUGUGUGUGCAGAGCACACAAUGAGGGCUGUUUGCAGUGGUUUUCUGUUGGAGAAAUGGCUGCCGUUUGUACUGCCCGUGACCUCAGCAUCUUUAGAUAAGGGAUCCUCCUUCACCUCCGCACAAAGCCUGUUGUAACCCUGUGCGCUGCAGUCCUCAAAUCUGCUAAAAAGAUGUAGAGGCAGCAUAAUGCCUUGGUGAAAACUUGCAAAUGAUUCAAUCUCUACAAUUAACAUUUUAUUACGUUACGUUACAUCAAAGUAAUUUUACUUACAUGGCAGAUAAGUGCCUGAAUGACCAAGUUUUUCUUUUAUAAUAAAGAAAAAACUGGGUUUCUGGAAAUAUUCCCAGUUUUCCGGUCAUAUUGUGGAGACUUAUCCAUCGGUUUUCUGAAUAAAAUCGUUUUUAAAGCUGCAGACGACUUCAGUCGGGUUAAUGAGCCCGACUCAUUAACCAACUACAAAUGGUGAUGACUAAUAAUCAGCUUCUUAUGCUAACUUUUGUUGGUUUUUGUUUUAGUUUUUAUUUAAGUCAGUGUGUCAUAACCAAAAUGGUGGUUGUUGGGGAUAUCGUAGAGCUGUAAUAUUUAAAGAUUCACAGAUUUCCGGUUUUGUUGUUGUUGUUUUUAUCUUUGCUGCUAGUUCCUUUGCUGCUAGUGUUUUGUUUUUGUUUGGGUUUUUUUUUUUAAGUUAAAGCAGAAAAAAAUGUUUGCUUAGUCUCAUUUGCCAUAACUUCCUGGUAAUUACUACUUUAAUUCAUUGUAUCUGUGUACCACCGACGUUUCCCAUGCCUUCAGAAUGUUUUCUUUAUCUGAAAGGUGAUUCAUUUUCCUCUUGUGGGAUAAUUCUGAGGAAAAGUAAAAAGGUGAAAUCAUGCUGAAAGUAUUAGGAGUCGCCUUAAUAUAAAAUAAACAGUACUGUUUUCAUCCUCCCACAUCCCCCAGGCGGAUGUAAUAGGGAUUACCUGCACCGCGCAGGCAUUCCAAGAGUUUUUCAACGAGUAAAAUAGAAAGUUAGUGAAGGGAAAGAUGAAUUCCGGUGCGUCUUCCCCCCUCGCCCUCUCCUUCAUCCCCGCGGUCCUCCCUCAUGUGUUGGAAUUUCCCGCAUGGACUGAGAGGGAUCUUGCUCCGUAAAUUACAGCGCCUUCGCGUGUCAGAGGAAGAGCCUUUUAUGGGCAGGGAAGUGGGCGGGGCCACGGAGCAGGCGGAGGGCAGAGAGGAGGUGGCAAUCACAAGACAACCAGAGAAGCGCAGUCGAUGCACGGCAGCAGCAGGCCGCCUCCUUUUUUUUUUUUUUUUUUUUUUUUUAGCCUUUUUGUGCAAUCACAGUGCAAUAAUGUGCAACAAACAGCGGCUGCAUUGCGCUUCUGUUCAUGCGCAUUAGCACGUUUGUGUUUACGCUCCAGCGUCGAAUCCCCCUCCGCCCCCUCCUCACCUCUCUCCCAUCCCUCCUCACUUGUUUUCUUCUUCUUAGCUGGGGGCACCGAAGAGAAGGGAAGGGGUGGGGGGAGAAAGUCCAAAUGCGUGAGGUCAGCAGCGUAGCAUGAGUCAACCUCGGGGAUGUGUGCAGUCAUCAUCGCGGGCCUGCCGCUGCUGCCGCCGCCGCUGCUGGCCGCACGAGAGAGCUAUCCAGCGCGGCUGAGCAGCUCCUCGCAGUAAGUACCGGGGGAGAUCUUCCGUAGAGGCCGUAAAAGUCGAUGACUGUGGCGCUGUUGCUGCUGUUGCUGCUGUUGUUGUUAUGGCAGACAUAGAUGUUGUGGUUGACGCUGCAUGUUGCUGUGGCCGCAGCUCGCUGACAAAGUUUUGUUUACCUCGGACUGGGGCGCGCGCGCGCUUCGGAUCCCGGGGGCUCGUCACCGCCGUCGGGGUUGAUUCCUGUGGCAGCUCCGGUAAAUACAACCAAAAGGGGCGAACCGCCGGGAUAAUGCGCAGGAAGAAUCGUGACGCGUUAACCUUUUGACAACUUGAAUCGAUCAGUGGUUAUCUCUCCUUUGCUCUUCUGCUGCCAUGCUUGUUUCUUUUUCUCUCUCCUUUUUUUUUCCUCUCUUUUUGUCGAACUGGCGGGCAUUGUUGGGUCAGUUUGUUGCAGCGGGACACGGCAUUAGUGACUGGAUAAUCCGUUUUCUGCAACAAAGGGCUUCUCGUAAAUAGCGCUGAGCUGGCUGGCUGGCUGGCCGGCCUCAGAAAGUGAUGUGGAGGGAAUGGAAAGCGGUGGUGGUGGGGGGGGAGAAGAGUCCUGAGCUCCUUCCUUCGCAGGCCGCGCUGGUAGUUUUAAAUUAGCAAAUGGCGAUGGAUUAGGGCACUUGACAUUUCUUUUAAGCCAAUUUGCCGCGUUAUGUGCUAAAGCCUCGGCUUGUGUAAGGGCUGCACUUGUGAUGCGUCAUGGUGAUCCUUCACCUCAGAUGGAGUGUGCUGCUUGCUUAAUAACCCGCGCCGCUACCCUGUAAUCAGCAGGUUCUGCAAGAAUAAAUAGGGCUAUUGACGACGAGCACCUUCUCCAAAGGGAGGAUGCAUCCUGGGGUUUGACAGCAUGUCAGUGCCAUCACAUGGUUGCUGCACACAUGCUGUUUGUUGGCCACACAGCGUGGUCUUUGGUUUUCCUCUGUCAGUGCCUCCUCUAGCCCCCCCCCCCUCCCCUUUUCAGCCAGUGCAGGAUCUGAACAGCUGCAGAUGUCUAUUUUAAGGCUUUCUCCAGGGCACCGGAGUAAAGGGUGACUAUUGUCAGCCACUUCCUAAAUGAUAUGAAAUGCUAUAUUUUUUUGAGAUUUCAGGAUUCAUUUGUGCCACCGUGCUAUCAAUUCUGACAAAUUAUUAUAAUUCAGAAAGUAGCCUGCAUGCUUUCUCUUUCUCUCUCUCCUCUUUAGAUUAUUGACUUCAGCACUUGAACGGUUUCUACUUUGCGCACAGAUGGAACAAUUAUAAUUUGACACACUGCGCCGUGCCAGAAUCUGCUCCGAAACCCGGCCAUUAUGUAAUAUACUAUCGGCCCGGGUUGCCACGGUAAUUGUCAAGAUGUGCUGUAAGUUACACAGAUGCCCGCAAGGACGUCUUGACUUUUUCGUCCUCACCGCCCCUCUCCCCCACUGUCUUUGCACUGUGACUCAUGUGUGCUCACUUUCUGCUGCCCUUCCUAUUUGAGGCUGCAGCCGUAGUUCAGAGGGCACAGUCUCCCUUUUCAUUUUCACCUCUGAGUCACACGUUGUAAAAAAAAGAAAACGCGUCUUUUUUUCUUUCACAUUCAGCUUUGCUUUGGCGGGAAAACGAGCGCUUUCUUUUCUGCUGCGUGUCUCGCAAAGCUGUUAGGAGUUUGAUAAGGGCAUCAGAGCUCCAAGCGUGCCAGUCGAUGAUGAACUUCGCCUCCGAGUGUUUGCGCGAAACAGCCCGACAUAAACGCAGUGCGAGUGCGUUGAUAACUGGGUGUCGCCCAUGAAUGAGAAAAACACAGAGACGUCUUCAGAUCUUUUCACCCCCGACUGGAGAUUGUGAAGAACUUCAGAGGGCUUUUUUUUUCUUUCUUUUUUUUAACACUGAAUAAUACAGAAGACUGUUUUUUUGUUUGUUUUGUUUUGUUUUGUUUUUUAAGUCAAAAGAACAUUCUGCAUAAGCCUGGCUUGGAGUGGUUCCCUGCUUCGGCCCAUUCAUGCUCGUCAUGAGCGUACCUGCCCAGCAGAAACCCAGCGCCAAGAGAACGGGCAAACGCAUCACGUUCUUUGGCGACCAACCAGGAGACCCGAUGAAGGAGACGUCGCAGCAUCCCGACGGAGCGUACUUCGGUGCCACCGCCGCCUCGGAGUCCGGACAAAGCGAGGCGGCGAGUACGGUGACCUCCAACCCAGAGGCUCCUCACAUGUACUUCAACUCUGUGAUCUUCAGCCCGGAUAAGGGUGACCAGAACAGGGGCCACUAUCAGCAGACGGUGCCGAUGAAGUGGGCUCACCCGGAGCCCGGUCAGCAGCAGCAACACAGAGCUGCCUCUUGGACUGCCAUGCCUAACUGGGCGCCGGGUUUUCCGAAUCUCACAAGGACCCAGAAUGCAUUCGCAAAGGCGAUGCACGAGACUCCCCCCAGCUUGCAGCUGCAUCAGCAGCCGACCAACGCUGUGAAGUCUCGAGCUCUGGAGUGGGAGCAGCAGCAGCAGACAUCCCAAAUCUUUCAGGAGACGUUGAAACCAGGGGCGCUGAACGCCCAGCAGCAGAGCGCCCCUCACCCCGGAGGAAGCUCCGUCUUGCAGUCCUUCCAGCUGGCCUUUGGUCAGCCCAAACAGCACCUGCCCGCUUAUUACCAGACCUUCCAAGGGAGCCGGAACACACUACCGAACCCGCCGAACUACUCGAAUUCGAAACAGUCUUCGCUGCAUCUUCAGCAGCUGCAGAAUCAAGAGCAAAUGCAACGGCAGCAGCAGCAGCAUGUCAUCCAGCAGCAAAUUCAACAGCAUCAGCAGAUCAUCCGGCAUCCGCAUGUCAAGUUACAGCAGCAGCAGCAGUUACACCAUGAGCAGCAACAACAGCAACAAAAGAUGCAACAACAGCGGCAACAGCUCCAGAUUCAGCAGCAAAUGCAACAUCAGCAGUCGCAACAACAAAACCCCCAUGUGCUAGACUGUUUCUCUGCGGCACAAAACGCACACCCGCACCCGCAGCCCGUGGUUGUGCAUUCGCAGGAGUCCACCGCUCCGGCUCCGCCGAAGAUCCAGGAGCCGCUGAUCCAGGACAUCACGCCGGAACCCCAGCAACAGCCGUCCGAUCCCCUGCAGGCCCCCCCGCCGCCCGAGCCGUCGUCGCAAUCGCAGGCACAGCUCCGCAGAUCGCGCCGGCUGUCCAAGGAAGGCGGGGCGCCGUCUGACAACCCUUUCCUUUGCGGGCCCUCGGACCAGUCGGGCCUGGAGAACGGGGCCCGGGACAUCCAGGCGGCGCCCACGGGGGUCAUCCAGAGCACCCGCAGGAAGCGCCGGGUGUCCCAGGAGGUCAACCUGGAGAUGCUCGCUCAAGAGGCUUCAGAAAGAAAGUCUCCUUCACUAUGCAAGGAGCCUCACAGGCCGUGGAGCCCCGCCGAACCGGAGAGCAUGAGCGCCAAGCGGCCCCGAGACGACAGCCUCCUUCCGCUUGUCAUCCCCGUGUCCGUCCCCGUUCGGAGACAGGACCCCUCGUCUCCGGAUAGGGAUGGAGCAGCCGUGGCAACCAGCUGGCCUCACCGGCCUCCCAGCCACCAGGACCUCGGGCGAGCCGAUCACAAACCCUCGGUCAUCGUCACCCGCAGACGCUCGCUCCGAAACUCCUUGUCGGAAAGUUCAGAGCAGAAUGACGGCACGGAGGGAGAGAGGGACGACGACGGCAAGAAGUCCAAACGGCGUCCCCGACCGGAGCCUCUCUUCAUCCCGCCGCCCAAACCAAGUUUGUUCAUCGCUCCGCCCGUCUACUCCAGCAUCACGCCCUACCAGAGCCACCUCCGCUCCCCCGUUCGCCUCGCCGACAACCCGAUCACGAUGCCCCCGUACACGCCUCCGCCGAUCCUCAGCCCCGUUCGGGAGGGCUCGGGCCUCUACUUCUCCACCUUCCUCUCGUCGGCUGCAGCCAGUGGUCCGGGCCUGCCCCCUCCUGCGACUCCCAAGUCAGCCACUCGCAGCUUGUUGCGUUCCAACAGCUGCGACAUCACGCCACCGGUGCUGUCCGCCAUGAGUGAGACCACGCCGGUCAGCAUCGAGCCACGAAUAAAUAUCGGGUCGCGGUACCAAGCGGAGGUGCCAGAGCUGAGGCAGAGGUCCGCUGUCGAACUGGAUCGCCAUCGAGCCGAACUGGUUUGGGCUCCACCGUCCGAACUGGAGGGGAAACCAGACUUCCAGGACAAGGUGGAAGACCUCAUGCACCUGGCCUGUUCCAGCGUUUUAUACGGAGGAGGCACCAACCAGGAGUUAGCACACCAUUGUUUAUACGAGUCCAAAGGGGACAUAAUGGCUGCUCUGUCUCUGCUGAUGCUGAGGGAUCCGAUCUUCCCAAAGACACAUCAUCUGUCCUGCUACCAUUACUCGGGAUCAGACAGCUGGACGGCAGCUGAGAGGCGUCUGUUCAACAAAGGCAUGGCCACGUGUAAGAAGGACUUCUUCAUGGUGCAAAAGCAGGUGACGACCAAGACCGUGGCGCAGUGCGUGGAGUUCUACUACACGUACAAGAAACACGUGAAGGUCGGCCGCAACGGAGCGCUGAUUUACGGCGAGAACGAGCCUCCGGAGAGCAGGACGGCAGAGGAGGAGCAGGACCACAAGGCCGCUCAGAGACUGGAGCCGCAGCAGCAGCAGGAGGAGGACAGCAGGAAGUGGGAUGGUUCAGCUGACAGGAAACAGGAUGUGUGUCCCACCAGGGUGGCGCACACGCUGCCGUCCACUGAGAAUCUUGCGACAGUCCUCAUCAUGAAGGAGGAGGUGGGAAGGGAGCAGCCGGUGUCCAGGGUCAUCCACCACGCCCAGCCGACCCAGACCAAACCGCGCUUUGACGGCGGCAACGCGCGCCGGCCGAGCCCCCCGUCGGGCAACAAGGCCUCUGCGGGGCAGGAGGGCGAGUUCCCCUGCAAGAAGUGCGGCAGGAUUUUCUACAAGGUGAAGAGCCGCAGCGCCCACAUGAAGAGCCACGCGGAGCAGGAGAAGAAGGCGGCGGCGCUGCGACAGAAGGAGGCGGAGGAGCGCGCCGCGGCAAGGGCGGCAGCCGAGGCCGCCGCCAUGGCCGCGCGGCAGCAGAACGGAACGCGGCAGGCGGUCGGCGACAGCGCCAACGACGACUCCUCCGGCGGCGAGGACAGCGACGACGACGACGACUGGCAGAAUUAGGGCGGAGGCAGAGACCCUCUGCACCAGGAGCGGGUUUCCCCUCCUUUUUUUUUUUUUACAGACCGCCGUUGCUUGGCGACGUCGGUGACGAUCACCGCUCAAACUUUAGCGAGCGUCCGGAUUCGUUGGGUUCUUCCCAAAGCUCCCCUUUACUCAGCUUUUCCAAGAGUUGUUACCUCUCUUGCUCACAGGGCUCGGUGAAAUCAAAGCCAUGCGUCGUCCUGUUGGAUUCCCAGCCGCCGCCGUCGCCCCCUUCCUCCGCACUUUGAGUCCCGCUCCGACUUUGCUCCGACAGGCGCGUUGGACCCUUCCGUCUUCUGUUUUCCUUUCACCUCCGGCUCCUCUUCGGACCUCAAUCGACCAAUAUCCGAUAGUCGGGGAUGAGGUGGGAAAGAAAGGCUGCUUCCUCGGACAGACGGACGGAUGGCAUGUUCAGACUGUUGUUGUCGCCGCUCCUCUGCACUAACGGCUGCCAAAAGUGUUUUUAGAAGCAUGAAAUGGGUUCUGUCUGUUUUCGGUUCUGUCAAUCCCCCCCCUGACCCCCUCCGUCUUCAAACUUUCUUCUUUUUUUUUUUUUUUAAAACCUGCUCUGUUUCUCACUGUUUUAUGCCUUGGAUGUUAUGACAGUUUUAUUUGAAAAUGACAAUCAAUUUUACACUGUUGGUGUUUUUUAUGGACGUGUAUAAAAGCAGGUCAACUUUUUUUGCCCCUCCCCCCCACUCCAUCUUUUCUCUGUAGUUCUAUGUGGUUCUUGUUGUUUUUGUGAAUAUUGUUGGUAAUUAAUAUUAUUAUUAUUAACAUUAUUAUUAUUAUUAUUAUAUUCUAGUUUUGGCUGCAGUUUUGUCGAGCGAUUUUUUUUUUUUAAAAGCUUUUCUUUUUUUUAUUUAAACAAAAACAAUUGCUCCUUGCUACCUGUUCAUAACUGUGAUUUUAAAAAAAAUUAUUAUUUUUUUCUUUUAUUGGGAGCCAAGAAAUGAAGAAAAGUCAGAAGUGUAUGUGCAAUAGAACAAGUUACCCCUUCUCCCUCCCCAACACGGUGUCAGCUGAGAAGCAGCUGCUCUGGAUGCCUCGCUGUCAGCUCCGUUACUGAUAGCUGAUGGGACCGCAGGUCUCCACGGACACGAGCGCGACGACAACCGGCCCAGUCCAAACCUAAAACCACGCUCCAGUAUUUACGGCAUGACAUUGGCUUUCACAAUGUGUGCUGCUGCUUCUUCUUCUUUUUUUUUUUUGUUCUUAAUUGUAGGCACGAGCUGGUCUGUCGGUAUAGAUACCUCAGUAUGGCAGUAUUUACACAAGAAAACCUUUAGACUGUAAUGUAUAAUAUGUUUAAAACAAAUUUCUAAUAUCACUUUUAACAUUAGCUCAUCUUUAUUUUGAUUCGGAUUCACAGACAUAGAGGAAAAAAAAGAAAUAAACGUCUGCUAGUUCUCAGGUAAAUGUCACACGGAGCCGUCUGUCAGUAAACAUUUACUUUCAUCAACAGCCGAGCUUUUUGGAAAAGUAGUGAUUGGUAGUAAUUAAUAAGGUUUUAUUCUGAACUAAAGGUUCUGCCUCCUGCUUUCUACCUCAGCUUUGUAGCCGUUCCACAGACUGUUAACAGUAAGAUCCUUUCAUC